CAUCAACAACAACAACAGCACACGCAUGUGGAACUAGAAUCUGGAACGCAAAAUUUGGAAAAAUUUGGACUCCAAAAUGACAGAUCCAGACAAUAAAUCAAGCGGCAGAUUAGGAGUUGUCCAAACUGCUCAGACGACUGACAACUGGGACAAGAGUGACUGUGUGACAUUUGUAAUGCACAAUGAGGACCAUACGCUUGGCAAUGCUCUCAGAUAUAUGGUUAUGAAGGACCCUGAUGUAGAGUUCUGUGGUUACAGUGUUCCUCAUCCGACAGAGAACAGGAUAAACUUCAGGAUACAGACCAAAGGUGCUCCUGCUGGAGAUGUUUUUGGUAAAGGAUUAGCGAAUCUGUCAGAAGUAUGUGAUCACAUUCAACAAACAUUCAAAGACACCAUACAAAAGUUCAAAGAAGGCAUGGAUACUCAAUGACCCAGAAUUAAAACAGCAUAAAUUAUGAAGAGAAGUGGACUCAUGACCCUCUUAUUCCCGGUCAUAUUCAAUAUGGCAAAAGACAGAUUGAAAAUUCAUCACAUUUUUGAUGAUUUAAAGUGGAUGGCAUGGAGAUUUAUGUCAUUUUUCUGACAUGUCAUCAUUUUGUCACUUUCUUGUGGAAGUAAAUACUGACGUGCGGUACAUAGGAAGAUUGGAAGGCACCAAUACUCCGUCAAGACAGCGAGAUCUCAAGUUGAGAUCUCAACUCAGUGACUAAGUUUUAGAUCAUCACAAGCUUUAGAAGAUGCCAUACUGUACCACUUGUGCAGUUCUAUGUACAGAGGGGAAGGAGAGAACUUAACAAAACAAAAAGGACUUUUGAACUUCUCCAAACUGACUUGUUUACAUUUUUCCAUUUUAUAAGGAAUAUACAUGUAAUUCAUUGAUUGAUAUAUCAAGAAGAACAUGCUAUUUUUUUAACAUAGAGGAUAAAUUUUGCGUAAAUUUUUGAUGUAAUUCUGUAAUCAAUAUUUAGUUUGAUCUGGAAAUUCUUUUUGGUGCAAAAGUUAGUCACUUGACAUCCUCAAACUUUAUAGAGUAGAAACUCCAGUAUGACAUUUUUCUUAAAAUAAGGUUAUCAACAAUAAGGUGUCAAUUUUUUUUAAACAACUACCGUAAAUCUCUUUGUAUAAGACGCACCUGUGUAUGAGACACACCCCUAUUUUUAGGACCAAGAAAAAAGACAAAAUUUGUGUGUGUGUGCUUUUGGUUUUGUUUUUUGUUGACUCCGUAGGCAGCAACUUGUCACAAAUAAUAGUAACAAUGUUGUUUUUAAAACUAAAGACGACAGACAAAUUUUCCACCAAGUCCAAACAGAAAUUUGGACACAUGCUAGUUUGGUUCUAGUUUCAUAGUGGGGAGUCGAUGUCCUGUGAGUGAGCUGGGACCAUGACAUUGCUCUUCCGGGCACGGGUGAGCGUCGGCCGGCACAGUGCUAUGUGAAGGGGCAUAAUUUUUUAUUGAGACUUAUACACAAAGAUUUAGGGUAGUAAAUAUGUGGGUGUGAGAUCUCAUCCUUAUACAUAAAGGUACAGUAAGAUAAGACAAAGUACAAAGUAUAAUGAAAUUCACACUUCAGAUGUUUAUAUUUCAUUUCUUUUAUUUUUUACAAUGGAUGAGACACAUUGAAAUCUCAUACAUGUAUUUACAUAGUAAUUAAAAAAAAGAAAUUAUUUAUUCCAAGUAUUUAUGAUUUCUAAAUGAUGUUGGAAGCUAUGAAGUAUGAACACAUUAAUUAAACAAUUCAAAUAACACAAUA